AUGCCUCCGCGGCCUUCUCUUACCAGCUCCUUUUCCGUCGCCGACGCCAAUAACGAGGUCGUCUGCCCGCUGCGCAACCAGGACGGGUCCAGCUGUAGGAAGAGAUGUCUCGGGGAAAAGCGAUAUCGCUCCAUGCAGGAGCACAUCCGCCGAGCCCACCCCGAGUACUAUCUACCCAAGCUGCCGGCGACCAAGGAGAGCUUCGAGUUGAUGAUCAACACCCCUCCCCACGAGCGCCCCGCCAUCGAUCCCAACCACGCCAACCACCGGCACCACAACAGUCAGCAUCAGCAGCAGCAACGGGAGCGAGAGCAGCAACAGCAGGAACAACAGCAGCUACAGCAUUUGCAGCACUCUGAUCCGUCAGGUCUGUCACCCGCGUACGCUCUUGACUCCGGGCUGAGCUCAUCCUUCGAAGCAUACCACGGCUUCGGUCAGCAUGACGGCGGCUACUACGCCGCAGGUGAACACGAGGUGGAUGCGAUAUACAGCGGUAUGCAGGCCCAGCAGCGCUCGUCUGACGAGUACCGCCGUGGCUCGCUCAUACCCGCCCACUCGGCUGCUGCGGCCCUUGCACAGCUGCACUAUCACCGACCCGAUUCGGAUUGGGGAGGUGAUAGUAUGGGACAGGUGAUCCUCCCUUCACUGCAGAUGUCGCCAACAAACACUGAAGCGGAUUUUCUUCAGAACUUCUAUGCCGACCAAAACAACGACAUGAAGUCGAACCACUUCCACGUCGACCCCGCGUUAGAAGAUAACUCGUUCAUGCAUGAUGGUGUCUUCCCCGUGAGCUCGGGUGCGGAUCAAUCAGGUUUGCUACCAAGCAGUUUAGCUAGGUCGCCUCCCGAUAGACCCUCCACCCUGCCUCCCUUACAACGCAGCUUAUCGAAACAGUAUAACAGGCCGCGGAAAACAAGUCUGAGUCAGCAAGCACGAUUACCCAAGCACGAGCGAAAGAAGUCCAAGGAGUACAAGCGGCUCAGUGGCGAGCGCAAGUCUUUUGGAGGAGAGCCUAGUGCAGCCGCGCUGUAUGGCAAGCGGUGGGAGGAUCUAAUAGACGCCGCAGCCAGUGCCACGGAAGAGGAAGGGUCACGGGACUUGACACCGAUACCCGCAUCGCCCUAUCAAUCGCCCCAACAGCCCUCGCGAACAUCACUACCACCCUUCCAACUCGGAGCACUCGGAUCGCAGUUCCAGUCCUUCCAGGCCUCACCUCUCAACCGCGCACUCACACCACCCGCUCCCGAAUCCGGCCUCGAACUCCAGCCCUUCCCCUCAGUCGAAAGUAGCCUCUCCUCCACCUUUUCCCACCAACACCACAACUCCGCCGACUCCACCGGCUCGCAAUUCCACAUCAUGAACCCCAACUCACUCACCACACCGUCCGACAGCUCGCCCUUAUUCAACGCCGCCAACCCCGCCACCACCAACUCCGCCGCUCCCCCGAGUGGUCCGGUGCAGAUUUAUUGCGCCGGGUGUCGGCGGCUCAACAAGCUGGGCGAGUCGUAUGCGUGUAACAACUGCAUUUGCGGCUUGUGUCAGGAGUGCGUGAAUGCGAUUGUGAGCGAGCAGAGUCGGGGCCGGAUGAGCAUGUGUCCGCGGUGCAAUGCUAUGGACUCGAGCUUUAAGGCUUUUCAGUUGGAUUUGCGGUGA